GUGAAUGUAAACAUUAAAGUGAAGGAAGAGGUUGUGGAGGCUGUGUUCUUAUUUUACUACAUUCUCAGUUUAGGGAAUGUCUGGAAUUGGACAUGAAGCAGCAGCUGUUCAAGUUUUGACCAGGGCAGUGCAGCUUGAUAAUGAGAAGAAAUUUUCUGAGGCCCUGGCAUGUUAUGAGCAAGGAAUACGUUUACUGCUACAAGCAGCUAAAGAGGUACAAGAUGAGAGUAAACGAAGUCAUUUCCGGAAAAAGACAGAGGAGUUGUCCCGAGCCGAGGCCAUGAAGGAAGCAGCAGCCAAGCAACGCACACUGGCACGUACUCACACACAGAUCCAGAUAGAUGCUGGGGCAACUGGUUAUAGCUACAAGACCAUCUUUGAACCACUCAUUGACAAAACCCUCUCAUCUGCCACAGUGGAGGAUGCUUAUAUACGCUCCACUCAUCAGAUAUAUAAUUUCCUCCAGUUUUGUGAAUUACUGGUCCAUAAAGCUGAAUGUCUGAAGCUUAUUGUCCUCCAAACAACACGCGACCCCGGAGAUCACAGAACACAACACAGUCGACUGGAGGAAAUUCAACACUCACUCAAGAAGCACAACGUGACACUAACCAUUGAGUAUUCUGACACAAUCCAUGACAGAGAGAUCAGGUGAGUCUCAGUAGUUAUUAUUGUUAACAAAAUGACAAGCACUAUACCCAUGCUGGACAUACUGCACAGAGAUGGAGCCUCAGUAGAGUAAAUGUUGUAGUUGUGAUGGAAUUAGUUAAACCAGGUUUGAAUAUUGUUCUUUGGUGUCAUUGCUGCCAAGUAAAUUACCUCUUAAGAUUGACCCAAGUGACAGAAGAUAACAUUACAGUACAUUUGUAGAAUUUAAACAAUGUUAUCAUUUUUUACCUAUUAUAGAAAUAUAUAUUUUUAUUAAUUAUUUCUUAUAAUUUGCUUAUCAGUGACUUAGCUAAUUACCAGUGUUUUCUUUUUCAUAAAAUUUACAACCCCAUUUGGUAAACAUAUUUGCUUUAAGAGCUAAUUUAUACACUGAAAGUUCAAAUGAAGCUGGUCUUCAGAACUUAUGAUCCAUCCCAACUAACUGUGUGUGAAAAUCUAAGGGAUAAAUUCAAAUAACAAUUAGACAAAAUAUUAUAGUACAAAUCAGUGAAGAUUAUAUCAGUGUUGAUGUACCAAACCAAACUUUUAAAUUCUCUGAUGUAUCACAUUCCAGACUUUGUGUACUUGACCUUUCUUGAAGAAUAUGGCAUUAAUGGCUGCUACAGGUUAUGAUAGGUGUGGUUGUGUAGGUCACUAUUAACAAGUCACCAGGCAGUAAACCAAGUCUGGCGACAGGUGUAGGUCACUAUUAACAAGAGUCACUAGGGUCACCAGGCAGUUAACCAAGUCUGGUUGUGUUGCAAAUAUUGAAAAACUUGAAAUGAGCUAAGGU